AUGUCUGUAGUUUCAUCUCAUUCCGCUGCGUUAUGAGGGCGCACAUUUCUCGCUUUAGUAUAGCGUUUCAUUUCAUUCUCUUCGGAAUUUUUUUUUCCUUUCCACAUUAAAUUGGUGUCAGCAUCUUUCGGCAGCGUUUUUAUUUUCAGUCGUUGCUUUGUCGUUUUCCAUUUGUACGUGUACACACACGAGUGAGUUGGGUGUGUGUGCGUAAGUAAGACCGGUUCAGCAAGUAUUGAAUAGAGACAUCGCUAUGUAAAAUGGCUAGCAAACCGAACGAAACGGAAUGAUACUCAAUGGAGUUACACCAACACAAGCAUACACAUUAAAAAUGGCCGUUCCGAAUACAAGCUCACGAACCAAAUUGAGUCAUACGCUUGGUUUUGCCGCACGCACACCACAAAGACUCAUCAUUUACACAAACACACACACACACAAACUGACGCUCGCUCACUCUUGCAACGGCUAAUUGAGUCAAUAUCCCAUCGAAAAUGCUUUGUGUAUGCCUGUCUCGCUCUUGCUUUCGUCCAUUUUGAAUACAGAUUGUCUUCCAUGUUGUUUUUUUUCCCAUAGAUGCUUUGUUCGCAACACACGAUCGUUGGAUUGGAUGGAUAUUUUUUUGUGUGUUGUUUCGGUAGAUUUUCAUUCAAGUGGAAAUCGAAAAUUCUUAAUGAAAGAAUUUUGGCAUUUCCGCUAAAUACAACGCGAAAAUUCAACGAAACAUUCAGUAAUAUGAUUGACUAUUGAAAAUUCUCAAAUUAUCUGCUUUUGUCAUGAAAAUUCUCCGUUCAAAUAAAUAUGUUUGUUGAAAGAAACAUCCACAAGGCGCUAAAUAAAAAUUCAAAAACUAAACGUCUCACGUUUGCGAAUGUGUCUGUUUUAGUUGGAGCGCAAAAUGUGCUGCUGCUUGUGUUGCCGCGUUGUUGUUUGUUUCGUUUCAUUUCAUUUUUUCCACCGUGGAUUUGCCAGUCACUCGUGAUUCAUACCAUCUCAUUUGCACUCUCUACCUCGCUCUUCUCGUUCAAAUUCACAUUCGGCAUCGGUGCUUGCUGAACGUGUAUAUACACAUUUUUUUUUCUCUAUCUCUUUCUCUGUGUCGUGUUCUCUGCUACUAAAUUUUCUUAUGUAUGCUCGUUGUCGUAUGAUCGAAUCGCUUUGCUGAGCCACACUCACCAAUACCAAUAUGCAUACAACAAGCGUUGCCAUAUUUCUUUGGGGGAACGCGCGCGUUCUUCACAAUCGUUUUGUGUAAAAAACAUUCAAAGUUGCCGAUGUAUUUUGUCGUUUUAGCUGUGGCUGUGACACAGUGUGCGUUUUCCCUCACCAAUACCAAUGCACUGGGUUCGUGUAGCAACACGAAAGCUAAUGCUUGCUUCGUAAAUGCGAAGCAACGUUCAGCCGCCAUAUACAAUUCGUAGAAUGUGCAGAAGUAGUACAAACUAUACACACUUUUAUAGCAGUCGGUAUAUUCAGUAAAGCCGUCGUCGCGUAUAAUUCACAAAUACUUUAUGUUAGUGGUUUGGCUAGCUCUUGUGUUUCUGUUGUUUUUUUUUAUUCAUAUUCAUUUAUAUAUAUAUAUAUUCAUUUUGUACUUUUCUCAUUAACUCGCCGUUUGUUUCGUUGUUUUUUUUUGGUUAUUUCGUCUUCUUAUUUCUAUUCCCGAAGAAGUGAGGAGGUUAUUUGUAUUUGUCGUACAAAUUUUUUUCCUACUCGAAAUUUAAUAAAUUUUUCGUGUUGGUUGUGAAAUACACACUCUCGACGUGCGGAUUCACACACCGAACCUCGAAACCAUUGGAAAUUACGUUGUUGUAAUAAUAAGCAGCAAAAGUAUCUCACACUGUGCUCUCUAUAUACCAUAGCAUACACAGAGUUUUCGGUUGUUUUUAACGCGCGCAUUUUUACAUUGUUAUCUCGUCAUUAAAGUAAUCUCCGCGUGUUUUUUUUUGUGUGUGUUGCACAAUGUGAUGUAUUUUUAAUACAUUUUAUUUUAUUUUCCCGCUGCUGUUUCUAAAGUGCAUUGAUACAUCGUACGACAACAACAAAAUCGCCUUAGAAAAAGAGAGGUAGUUUUUCGAAAAUCGCGUUCUAAAAUUUGGUUUGAAUUGAUCUUAUAUUGCAAUUGGCAAUGCGAAAAAAAAUAAUAUAGAAAUAAACACCAUGGUGUAACUGCAGUUACGCACAAAACAUCCGAUUUCAGUUUACUAUACAUACAGUCAAGCAAACACGCAAAUAAACACACAUUUUUUGUCUCACUUGCUGCAUUACGAAUAACGGCAAACGAGAGUUUUCAUGUCGCAAACGGGAAUCCAAUAAAUGAAAGUGGAUAAUAUUUACGCAUUGAAUAAAUUCGAGAAAGAGUACGACAGAGAGAUAGAUAGAGAAAAAAGAUAGUGUCAAUCCAUCGCUGAAUAAGAAUCAACGGCGAUUCCAAAAUCCAUUGUGUAUUUCAAAAGUGGCCUAUUCGUUACAGUAGCAAACAGCAAAUGGAAAUAAACAAGUGACUAAUUGCAGUGUAUUUAUUCGAAAGAAAUAGUUUCAUUCAUUAUUUCCCAAGCGUCUCGCGUACGAUCGCGCGGGAUUUUGACUGGUUAACUCAAGUGCUAACCCGUGUGUUGCCAUCGAACACAGAAAAACGGUUCCAAAAACAUCGGCCCGUCGGUGUCGGUUGUAACAAAAUUUAUACGUUUUUGGUUAUUAUUUCGCCCCAAAUCGUCGUCAUCAGUGAAAACAAAAUAGACGAAUAAAAAUGUUGUUUUAACAGUGGAAAUUUUAAGAAAACUCCGAGACAGUUGUUCAAUUUACACGGGAAAAUUAAAACAGCAAAGAAAUUUUGUAGGAGAAAAAAAAGAACCGACUGAUUUAUAGCCCAUGGAAGUGGCGGCAUGGAAAAGAGCAAAAAUACUUCUUCUUUUUUUCGAUGAAAUUACAAGAGAAAAUUGUAUGCAGUAACUUGCAUCAAAAUCAAAAUUAAAGACAGUGGAGAAUACCAAAGUGCAGUUUGUUUGUAGUAAAUAAAAAGAACGGUCAAUGGCAUGACAUAAGCCGAUUUUUGAUUUUAAAAAAAAAGAAGAAAAAAAAAGUUACAGUGAGAACGGAAAGAAGAAGAAAACCAGUGUCUGAAUCGAAAAAAAAAUUCGAAUCCAAAAAAGAAAGGAAUACAAUACCAAGUAAAAAGAACCAAGGAAUAUUUUUCAGUGUGUUUUAUUGUGAAUUCGAAGCUGGACGUAAGAUUUCGCAUCACUAUUGAUUUUGGAUUAAGCGACAGCACGUACCAACACACAAAUUAUACAAAAUGUCAGAGCACCAUCGAGGUGCAUGGGGCUCUCGCGAAGAGGCGGUAUGGUGGCCGGGCGGUGGCAUUGCACAGGAUCAACAGACGAUGCAUCAACAGCAAUUGAUUAAUCAACAUCAUCAACAGCAACAGCAUCAGCAAUUGGUUCAGCAACAUCAAGUGCAAAUCCAACAGCAUCAAGUCGUACAACAGACACCGCAAGGCCAACAACACAACGAUAUUGCGCGCAGUAACAAUUCACAAGUUCCCGGCCAACAGAUUUUCUCGUACAAAAUGGCUAGCAGUUUUCAAAAUCCAGCGGGCGGUGCUGGUGGUGUUACAGUGGCCACAACAAAUGCCGGUGCCUAUGAUUAUCGCUUGAAUAUGGCACCAGCCGGUGGAAAUGCAGCCGCUCCAGGAACACAAUGGUGGUACACAACCGGCCAAAAUGUCGAAGCAGUCCACCAACAAAACCAAGCGCAUCAACAAACAAAUCAACAUCCACAGACGAACCAGCAUCAGCAAGCGAAUCAGCAUAUACAAGAACAUCAAAUCCAACAAAAUCAUCAACAAAAUAAUCAAAACAAUCAGCAUUUGCACCAGAUCCAGCCAACUGCACCGGUUAAGAUGGGACGUGGUAAGCAUGCGGACGGUAAGCCAAGAGGACGCAUGACAGCAUAUGCAUUCUUUGUGCAAACUUGUCGCGAAGAACACAAAAAGAAGCAUCCGGAAGAACAAGUUGUUUUUGCUGAAUUCUCAAGGAAGUGCGCCGAACGAUGGAAGACAAUGUUGGACAAAGAAAAGAAGCGAUUCCACGAGAUGGCCGAAAAAGAUAAGGCUCGUUACGAUUCAGAAAUGCAAAAUUAUGUGCCACCAAAAGGAGUUGUUUUGGGUCGCGGUAAAAAGCGAAAGCAGAUCAAAGAUCCAAAUGCUCCAAAACGAUCGCUGUCCGCUUUCUUCUGGUUCUGUAACGAUGAGCGCUCAAAGGUUAAGGCCGUGAAUCCCGAAUAUGGUGUCGGUGACAUUGCCAAAGAAUUGGGAAAGAAAUGGUCCGAUGUUGAACCGACCGUUAAAUCCAAAUACGAGGCUAUGGCUGAAAACGACAAGAAGCGAUAUGAGCGAGAAAUGCAAGAGUACAAGGCAAGAUGUAAGGGACUCGCACCGGGUCAAACCAUCAGCAUUCAGCAAGCAGUGCCGAAUCAGCUAAAGGAAGAAGAUGAAGAUGAGGAAGACGAUUAGAGAAAUCAUUGAAAACACACAGCUACAAAAAAAAACUUUAUGAAUACGACUUAGAUUUAAACUCUAUCUCUCUCACAUACAACAAACAAAAAAGAAACACACACACACAACAAACACAUACUACGCAUUACAAGAACAAAAUAAAAAGAAAACAAAGCUCGAAUGAAACAGAACGAAAAUCAGCAACAUUUUUGAUGAAUCGUAACAACAACAUUUGAAGCAGUAAUAAAACAACAUAAAACUGAAGACGUGAAAUAAAACAACACAAUCCGAAUACACAUCGUUUAAGACAUUAAACAACAUCCGCAGAGAAAAAAAAACUACAACAACAGCAUAAUAAAGUUUAACUAAGGAAAAAAAAUGAAGGAAAAACAAAAAAGUUUGAAAUGAAUAAACUACAAAAAAAAAAACAACAAAAAAAUGUCAUAAAAAAACAAAAACACAAAAAGUUCUAUGAAAAAAUAUUAUUAUGUUAGUGUAAAAAUUUAAUGAUUAUACUUCAGACAGAGAGAAAUCUUUUUUUUUUAAAGUUUGUGUUUUUAACGAUAAGCGGCGACGAAUUCACACUGAAUCAAAAGAAAAUGAAAUGAGAAAAAAAUGAAUGAGAUUUGCUUUUUGGAGAAAGUAAACGUUUGAACAAAAAUAUUUUACUGUACAAAAGUAAGAAAAAAGACUAAAAAAAAAAACAAUAAUAACGAUCCUAAUUGUUGUCGAAUCGAAGAAUUCCGAUUUUUUUUUUGCUUUUUUGGCAGCUGUAACAACAGACAAACAUUUUUGACGCGCCAAUUCAUUGCAACCGGCAUUUCUUUUAUUUUUCUCACCCCACUCACUAGCUCUCAAUCGUUUAAUUACACGAAAUUUUUGCAAAAUACCCUCCAAAUGGUUGCAAUUGCGCUUGCAAAGCAGUGAAUUCGUUAAUCGUUGAAAACAAAAAACAAAAAAAAAUUUUGUUUCUUUUUAAUGGCCGCGCCUUUGAUAAGAUCACUUUCAUCAUUUCUUACCUCCGACAUAAAUACACGCGCGUAUUUUCGUUCGUAGAUCCUAAUUUAAAAACAAACACACACACACACAAACAAAAAAUUUUAAGUAAUAAUUAUUUGAUUGAGGAUAUUUUCUUUUUUCUUGUAGAAAUAAAUACAACAGAAGAAGAAAAUAAAAAUCAACAAACAAGUUUAAGGUGUAUAAUUUAAAAAAAAGUAUGAUAUACAUGAGACGAAAUCAGAAAUAAAAGAAAUUUAAGAAAAGAUAAAAGAAGUGAAAAAAAAAUCAACAACAGUUAAGAACAAAAACAAUGGAUUGAAAAUAAGGAACGAUGAAGUGAGCAAACUCUAAAGUAUAAUUGUUAAAUCAUUUAACUUUAAAUAAACAGAAAUGAAAAAAUAAAUGGAUAAGAGAAUUGAAAAUGAAAUCACACAACACACACACACACCACGAAUAAGUAACAAACUAAAAAUAGAAAGUGAAAAUAAUGAAUGAAAAAAGCAAAACAAAUAGAAGAAUGGAGUUUCUUGUAAUAAUGUAAGAGAUGUAUAAUAUAGGGAAAGCCACAUAAAACAAACAAUAUUCAUACUACAACAACAACAAAAAAAAACAUGGUGUGAGCUACGAAAUCAAAUUGGAAGCAAACAUUUGCUAAAAAAAAAAGAAAAACAAAACUAAUUUGCUACGAUCUGUAGUCAUUUUCAAAUUCUGCAUCCUGCGCACACAUCCCUGCUGUAUUUGAGCCGUACAACCAUGGUUGUAUUCCUUUUGUUAGCUCUAAUGCACCAGGCAACGCGAUGCACUGGUGACCAAAUUCUUAUGCCACCAUUAUAUAUGCACACACACAUACACUUACACACCUAUUCUGUGUGUAGCCCGUUUUUUUUUCUCGGUGCGCACUUCAAGAGUCUCGUCACCACUGCGAUUCCGUAGCUCACACUAUCUCAUCUAAUGGAAAUAUUAUAACAUUUCUUAACCGUCUUAAUUUCGGAAAUUAACAUCUUUUUUUUGGUUUUUUUUAAGGAACACACAUAAUUAUAACAUAAUGAAAGAAAAAAACAACAACACACAUUAGAAACCACGACAAAUUUUGAUUACAAACAAAAAUAUCUACAAAAAAAAAUCUUACAAUAUAAUAUGAUAAACACAUUACAAAUAAUUGAUUACAACAACAACAAACAAACAACAAAAUUAUGUAUUAUUUCAUAAGAAUGUUUAAGUAAAAAGACUUCAUAUUAAUAAAGAUAAACUGGAUGAGAAUUAAAAAAAAAACAACAACAAUGCAAACCGCACACUUGAA